AUGGCACAGCCGUCAGCACCAGCCCACGUAGCGCGUGUAAGUACUGGCACGGGUACACGGCGGCUAAGAGUUCGCGCUCAUCGCGCGAUCGGUUUCUCGCCUCAUCAAAAUUCAGCUUCACCAUCAACUCAUCAUUCAACUUUCCGGCAGUCUACAUUACAUUCCACUUGCAUUUUCCGGCUUCACCUGCAAUUUCAACUUCCGUCAACAUUUCAACCACCGUCAACCUUCCAUCUUCGUCAACAUUUCAACCACCGUCAACCUUCCAUCUUCGUCAACAGCUCAACUUUAUUUUUCAUCGGCUCUCUUACAUUGUUAAACCAAAAAAAAAAUCUGUAA